AUGUCUGGUAUUCCUCCCGGAAAUAUCAAAUCGCAACCUGUUAAGAACAGGCAUAAUCUUUCCACAAAAUCUAUCGAACUUAUGCAAAGCUUGAUUAUGCAAUGCUGGCUUCCUAUUAUGGAAAGGCUCUCAUCGGAGGACCUUUUAAGCGAGCUCAACAAAGCGGACAACAAGCUGACAGGACUUACUCCAACUCGGAUCAUUACAUCAAUGGCAAGUCAUGAAAUGAUCACGUCUAUUGACGAAUCACUUCGGUUCCUUAUUGAUCAUAACAUCACAGAUACAACCCUAAGGCUCAAUUUACCAAAUAGAGGCUUAUCCUCAGUGGCGCAUGGCUCACGUUCCAAUGUCUGUACGACGUGGCUCAAUAAUGGCACCCAAGUCGCCGUCAAGAUGUUGCUACCCGAGUUCGGGUACAAAGAAGAUAAGACUAACAAACGUAGCUUAUGCGCUCAAGUUACCGAAGGUCUGUCUUACAUGCACAGUGUCGGAAUAAUACAUGGGGAUAUCAAGGGAGUAGGGGAAAAUUCUAAUUUCAGACGAGGAAUUCCAAGAAUUUGCGGGUUUGGUCAGGCGACAAUUAUCAACCCGGAUAGUGAACUUCAGUUCGAGUAUGUUCCUUCUGAAUAUACAUCGCGUUGGGCAGCACCCGAACUGUUUACGGACGAGGAGGUGUCCAAGAAACCCGCUUCGGAUGUGUACUCACUCGGAAUGACAAUUCUCGAGAUCGUGACCGGAAGUAUCCCAUGGGCUGACAAAACGGAACACGCAGUUUUCGGAGCCCUGAUGAGUGGGAAUUUACCCGAGAGAUCUCAUCAACAUUUCCCACUACAGGACAGGUGGGCCAAUCUCACAUGGAGCUUGCUUACGCAAUGUUGGGACAUGGACCCAGCGAAGCGUCCUACGGUCGCCGAAGUGGGAAGCAAAUUGAAAGAAAUAGUCGCCGAAUUACCUGUUUCAGUUGGUAGAGAAUAA